AUGCUCUAAAUUUAAAUAGGGGAUAUAAUCGACAAUCAAUAUGAAAUAAUUAAAAAACUAUCGCAAGGGUCAUUUGGAAUAGUUUUUUAUGGUAAAAGCAUAAAAACAAAAAAGAGUGUAGCAAUUAAAGUAGAGAAGUAAGAAAUGGCAGGCUUUGGUAGUUUAUUUCGUGAAGUAACACAUCCUAUAACAUAAAGGUCGAUAUGUUGAGUAAAUUGAAAGGAGUUCCUUAAAUUCCUGAAUUGUUGUGGUAUGGAGAGUUCAAGAAAUGUAAUAUCAUGAUUACUAAAAUGUUGGGUCACGAUCUCAUUUAUCAUCAAAAAUAAUAUAAACAAUUUUCAUCAUAAUGUAUUAAUAGUAUAGCUUAUUAAUUGCUAUGGAUCUUGGAAUAGAUACAUAAAUAGUAUAACUAUUUUGUUUAUUUUUAGGAAUAUAAUUCAUAGAGAUAUCAAACCAGAAAAUAUUUUAAGCAAAAAUGAAUCAGAUAAGAUUUAUUUAAUCGAUUUUGGAAUUUCAAAAAACACAGAUUCUAAUUUCAUACAUAAAAAGAAAUUAUUACCAUUUAUUGGUACCAGUAGAUAUGCCAGUAUAUCAGCUCAUCAAGGUAUUGAACAAACACCAAAAGAUGAUCUAGAAUCACUUGGGUAUGUUCUAAUAUACUUAACUACUCAACAUUUACCAUGGAUGAACAUUGAGAAAGCAGAUGUACAAAGAUUAGAUAAAAUUGGCAAGUUAAAAGAAAAUGUUUUAUUGGAAGACUUGUGUUUCGGUUGUCCCAAUUCUAUGCUUAAGUACUAUCUUUUGUAAAUUAAGAUAUAUGAGGUAUGUUAAAGAUUUGAAGCCUAAUUCUAAACCUAAAUAUGGAAUUUUGAGAGGGUUAUUCCUGUCUAAGCUACAAAAUACAAUUGAAUUAGGAUUGGAUUGGACUAAUUAAAUAAUUAAAAUAGAAAAAAAGAAACAUCAUAAAAAACAAAGGAACUCUUGUGACCUUAAUUUCAAAAGUUGUGUUACAAUUAGAAAGUAAAUGAUUAUUAUAAUCUUAGACCAUUUAUGGGUGAAACUUAAAUCAAUUUAAAUGUGAAAACUAUUGCAGUUUAAGAUGAAUAAUUGAUAUCAUCUGAUAAUGGAACCAAUAGCUAAAUAUAGUUUAGUAUUAUAGAAACAUUAGGAAGUAAAAAUAGUGUAAAGGUUGGAUUUUCAGCAUCUGAUAAUUUGGAUUGUUUAUGCAUUUAAUAAAAUAAUAAUAUGGCAAGAAUAUCUACAUUUGAAGGUAUAGCUGAAGUAAACUCUCUUAAAUCUUAAAGUUUUGAAUAAUAAUUGAUGGAAAGUGAACACUAAGAUUUAGAAAUUAAGUGUAAUGUACUUCAUUUCAAUUCAGUAUAUUUUAAUUUCAAGAAUCCUAUUCAACAGCAUAUAAUUAAAUAAAAUUAUUAAGUCAAAGUAAUUAAAUCCAUUAAUUGA